AUGGCUAACGGCGCCGAUAUGAUGCCGGGCAGUAGUGUGAUUCCGUUCGUCGAUCGUGUGAACGAAAUCCAUAAGGAUCUUGUGAUCUGGAUCGCUAUCGACGGUAUCCUGAUGGUGUGUAUCUUCAGCGGCAACAUCCUAACGAUCAUUGCCGUCUGGUAUUACCGGCGGCUGCAGUGGUUAAUUUCGAACCUGUUCGUGCUGUCGCUAGCCAUCUCGGAUAUCUUCGUGGGACUCACGCUGCCGUACCAUUUAGCGUUCUACAUGGGUGUUGAUCUCGGUCGGCAGAAGCAUCUUUGCUUGUUGCGCUUUUUCGUACUUAUCAUUGCGUGCAGUGUUUCGAUCUGGAACCUGAUAGCUAUAGCAGUGGAUCGAUAUAUUGCGAUCUGCUAUCCGUUGCACUACACUCGCCUGAUGACUAAGCGUACGGCGCUCACGAUACUUGGGUUUGGCUGGUGUCUGGCGAUCUCUAUUGCCACUAUUCCGCUGAUAUGGAACAAAUGGGAUACGGCACAGGAGUGCGAGUUUGACGAGCUGUUGCAUCCAUGGUAUGUGGCGGGCGUAAUAACGCCUAUCUUUUCCGUCGUCUGGCUCUGUCUGUUCGUCGUCUACUGGCGCAUCUGGCGCGAAGCUUCCAAGCACGCCAAACAAUUGCGAGCACAUGGAGGUGCAUCGGAGCGUUCAUCUAGCGAUUGGAAGUCGGUACAGGUCGUACUGCUCAUCAUGGGCUGUUUCACCUUCUGUUGGAUACCUUACUUUGUGGUGGUACUGACACAAAUAUUCGCCUUCGUUGAGGAUAGUUCACCGACGCUUUACAAGGCAGCCUUUUCGCUGGCGAUGGCCAACUCGAUGAUGAAUCCCAUUAUCUACGCCUGGAAGAAUACGCAUUUUCGGCACGCGUUCAAACAGUUGCUAACCUGUCACAAACCGGUGGUCCCGCUCGAUGUUGCCAACGGUGUCGGUUCGUUCGAAAUGGGAACAGCAAAAUCCUGUCCAGAAAUUACAACGGAAUCGUUCGAUCCCGUAGGUGGUAUGAUAGGUGCAGCAGCGGCAACAUCAUCGACACUCACCAACCACAGCAGCUUGGCGAGUGUGUCCACCGUAGCAACGGUACCCGCGGCCGAACCAGGACGCUUUGAAUCGGUGGUUGUAAUUUCUCAACUCGCUGGAGGUGAUCGGGUUCGUUCGGCGGAUAUUACAGCCAAUACGACCAUUCGGGUGUCACUCAGCAAUGAAGAAUUACCUUCCAUGGCUAGCAACAGGGACGGUUCAAUUCAAACGAACGCACCUGAGGUACAAUCUAGCGUAACAUCAGAUCCACCAGCAACGUCACCCUUUCCACCGACAAAGUCCUCCAGUGCGUCUACCAACGUAUCCACGCACAUUAUUGCGGGGAACAUCAUCAUCAACAACUUUAAUCUGUACGAUCAGGCUCGUAUGGAGCGAUUGCUGCGCCAAGAAUGGACUGCCAGCGCAGCGAACGGAACAGCGGAAGGUACAGACCCGAUCAUAGUAGCGCAGGUGCCCGAAAGAGAAAUUAUCCCGACUAAGCAACAAGAAGUAGCGGUAAACGUAACUAAGCUUUAG